AAGAACAAAAAGUAGAUGGAUAAUGACAACCACCAACAUCCUCUCUUUUACGUCUCUCAUCCAUAAUCCCAUAUGUAUAGCAGAGAUCUGUGGGCAAUAUUAGUCUAUAGUUUCUUUCUCCGCCCUAAUUAGCAGCCAAAAAUGCCUUCCACAACUCAGAACCCAUAUCUCCAUACCCUUUUGGAAUCAGCCCGUCCUUUCCUCCGUGGAGAGCUCGAAUCUAUCGACAGAGAUCUUCCUUCCCUUGUCGCCGUCUUGCGUUCUGUGGGCGCCGGCGAGUGCUGGCACAAACAUGGCAGCUUUCUCGAUCACCUCAUCGAUAUCUAUAAGAUUCUCAAACUCUGGAAAGCCCCUAACUCUGUUUGCCUUUGUGGCCUUUUCCACUCUGCUUACUCCAAUUCCUAUGUCAAUCUCGCCAUCUUCGAUCCCUCCACAGGCCGUGACACUGUGCGUGCCCAUGUUGGUGAAGCUGCUGAGAGGUUGAUCUAUCUUUUCUGCGUCGUCCCUCGUCAGCCCUUAAUUCAUGAUGACCUCUUGUUUCACUACACUGAUUCCCAACUUAUCGAACACCUAAAGCAUUCCGAGGUUUCUCUUAAGAAUGCCAAGGAAAAGCAUCUUUUCAACGGAGACGAACCAUGGAGGAAGAAGUUGCAGUCUAUUUUGCCAGCGGAUGGCAUAACAGUGAAGCACAUAAAGACAGGGGAAGAUGUGUUGGUUUCCAGGAGAUUGGUAGCUGUGUUUCUUCUCAUGACAAUGGCUGAUUUUAGUGAUCAAUUGUUUAAUUUUCAGGAUAUCUUGUUUGAUAACUCCAAUGGUCGGUUGGAAUUCUCUGGGAACAAUUCCCAAAUAAGUUUGUGGCCAGGGGAUGGAAAGCCAGGGCUAUGGAUGAAUUCCAUAUCAAGAAUGGGAGCUCUUUACAGUCUGAUAGUCAGAGAAGAAGACAUGUUCACUGAGCAAAAUGGCCAUGUACAAGGCAGAGAUGAAGAAAUUGAGCUUGUGAUUCCACCAGUCUUUGACAACUGCACGAGGGUUUUGGAUGCAGAGUUGCAAAAAGAGGCAAGGGAAUUGUAUUGGGAAGGUGUUUGUGAAGCUUCCAAGAGAAGUUUGGAUUGGGCUGAGGAGAGGUUGUUGACAAGUGUUGAGAAGAACCCUUUUGUGGGAGAGCCUCAUGUGGUUUUGGGGCAGAUCUAUUUGAGCAAAGCCAAAUUUGAAGAGGCAGAGAAAGAGGCUGAAAAAGGGCUAAGACUUAUAUUGGAGUGGGGGAGUCCAUGGGACAAGAGGAUGUCUUGGGAAGGUUGGGUUGCUUGGACUAGAGUUCUGUUGAUGAAGGCUAAGGAGAAGUCUUGGCCACAACAUUCAUGGGGCAUUCUUAAUUUGGGUCUAGUUACUAAAUGAUUUUAGUUAAGAGGAACAAACUCUGACUUGUUCUUUGGAGGAAUCUCUUGAGGCUGCUGUGAGAGAAUGUGCCUCACAUAACCAUAGAAUGUACAUCC